AUGGCCAUGCACCGCCGUAUCGAGCUCCAAUCCCCCGCAGACCUCACCUACCUCCACGCGAACACCGUUUCGCUCUCGCGCCAGAAACUCGACCUCCACCUCCCGCCGUCAGCCACCGGCGACGAUGAGCCGGACCCUAUGCGCGAGCGAGUGCGGGAGCUAGUCGAUGAGUUCAUAUCACGCACCUUCUCAACAGCCUCCACCUCAAUCAGCAUCAACGGCCUCGACUCCUCCUCAGAGCAGUUCCCCUUCCCUGCGGCAUUCACCGGCCCCACAGAGACAGUCGAGUACGAGCCUUACGACGCGAACCUCGCUGCGCGGGUGACGUCGCUGUACGCGCAGCUGGAGGCGCUGACUACGUCUGUUGCGAAGCUGAGACGGGAGGCGCCUGCGCGCGCGGCGGAGGACUACGCUGCGGAACUGCGGCGCGCGAUUGAGGGGGAUGAUGGUGUUUUUGGUGAAGAUGGGGAUGUUGAUGGGAAGGGGGAGAGUGGGGAGGGGCGGGUUGUCAACGGGGAUCGAGGUGAUUAUAAUGUCAAUGGGGAAAGCAAUAACAACAACGACGAAGGGGAAAACUCACGCAACGACAUCGACAUGCCCGACGCAGACCCCAACAACAACUCCACCGACCAACCCGCAGAAGACACAAAACCUACCCAGCGAAAACCAUCCCAACGACAACAACAACAACCGCAACAGCGAACCCUCGACAUUCCGCUCGGAACAGACCAAGAAGCCGAACGCUGGCGCUCUGGCGAAAUGGCCGAAGUAUACGAAGACGCCCUGCGGACGCUUCUCCGACUCCAAGGCGAGGAAGAAGACACACAGACGGCGUUGUCGUCUGCUGUUGGGAAGGCCGAGCGGGCUGGGAGGGCUGUGGAGGUUGUGGAGAAGCCCUGA